AUGGAAGUGCCGAGGCUUCAAGGAGCCACAGCCCCGCUUCAAGGAUUGGUGCUCGGAGCCCACAUUUGGGGUGGUGAGGCGGGUGGACGCCGAGUUUCCCGUUUUCGUCGUGCAGACACCGGCACUGCAGAGAGGGUCAAUGUUCCUAAAACCCGAAGGACUUUCAGUAAGAAGUGUGGAAAGCAUCAGCCUCACAAAGUGACCCAGCAUAAGAAGGGCAAGGAUUCCCUUUACGCCCAGGGAAAGAGGCGCUAUGAUCGGAAGCACAGUGGCUAUGGUGGGCAGACAAAGCCAAUUUUCCGGAAGAAGGCUAAAACCACAGAGAAGGUUGUGCUGAGGCUUGAAUGCGUUGAACGAAACUGCAGGUCCAAGAGGAUGCUGGCCACUAAGAGAUGCAAGCGUUUCGGACUGGGAGCAGAUAAGAAGAGAAAAGGCCAAGAGAUCCAGUUCUAA